AAGUACUCUCACAUCCACGAAGAUGAAACCAAUAUUACUUCAAGGUCAUGAACGCUCUCUGACUCAAAUUAAAUUCAACCGGGAGGGGGACAUCUUGUUUACCUGUUCGAAAGAUCAUCGAAUCAACGUCUGGUAUACCCAGAAUGGAGAGCGAUUAGGAACGUAUGAUGGACAUAACGGGACAGUGUGGACGGUCGAUGUCGAUUCUGAAUCAAAAUACUUGGUUUCUGGUGCAGCAGACAACACUCUUCGACUGUGGGCGGUCGCAACGGGAAAGUGUCUCUACACUUGGGAGUUCCCCACCGCUGUGAAAAGGGUAGCCUUCAGUGAAGACGACAAGCAGGUGGUGUGUAUCACAGAGCAGCGUAUGGGUCAUCAAUGUGCCAUUCGUGUUUUCGAUAUCAAUAGAAACGGUGAAGGCACCAAGCAAUCAAAAGAACCUUUGCAUAUGUUCAACCCCAUCGGCUCAAAAGCAACCGUAUGUGCAUUCACCCCACAGCCCAACUUCAUCGUCACCGGACACGAAUCUGGAAAAGUUGCGUUGUUCAAUGUCAAGAGUGGGGAGGAAGUGGAAAACAACGAGCGUGCGCAUGGCGAUACUGUCACGGAUCUUCAGAUGAGUCCCGAUAAAACUUAUUGCAUCACAAGUAGCAAGGAUAAGUCGGCCAGAAUACACGACACCAAGACCCUCAUGGUCAUCAAAACCUACACGACAGAAACUCCUCUCAAUAGCGCGUCACUCGCUCCCAAUAAGCCCUAUAUCCUUCUUGGAGGAGGCCAGGACGCAAUGAGCGUUACAACAACUUCCCUGCGUCAAGGAAAAUUCGAAACCAGAUUCUGGCAUAAAAUCUUUGAAGAGGAAGUUGGUCGAGUAAAAGGUCAUUUUGGUCCCAUUAACACCAUCGCGGUCCAUCCGAAAGGUACCUGUUACGCAUCUGGAGGAGAGGAUGGUUUUGUUCGCGUACAUCAUUUCGAGGAGUCAUACUUCCGUGCAGAACCAUACGGUGAUCUGAAAAUAGAGGAUUAA